AUGGGAACUGCUCAAAACAACAGUAGCCUCAAAAAACUCCAUGCAGCUGAGCUUGACCGACGUAACAGAGACAUGAUGGCAGACACAUCUGAUCACAGCAUUAUUUCUGUUGGAGGAGAGGAAGAAGUGGGCAACUUCCAACGUUCUCUUCCCACACGAGAGUCCCUCCGAUCCCCUCGAGGCUCUGUUGUGAGUUUCCAUAACAUCCAGUACUCCAUUAAGCAGUCCAGUGGAUUCCUUUGUAAACGGAAAACUGUGGAAAAGAAGAUCCUUCAUAAUGUUUAUGGCAUUAUGAAGCCAGGCUUGAAUGCCAUCCUGGGGCCAACAGGCAGUGGUAAAUCUUCUCUCUUAGAUGUGCUGGCUGCCAGAAAGGACCCAGCAGGCCUGUCUGGAGAAGUUCUUAUAGAUGGCAUUCCACAACCUCCUAAUUUUAAGUGCAUCUCAGGAUAUGUUGUGCAGGAUGAUGUCGUCAUGGGCACAAUGACGGUGAGGGAGAACCUGCACUUCUCUGCUGCCCUGCGACUCCCUAGCUCCAUCAGUGUUAAAGAGAAGGAAGAGCGAGUCACUCAGAUUAUCAGCGAGCUGGGAUUAAAUAAAGUGGCUGAUGCUAAGGUAGGAACAGAAUUGAUUCGAGGAGUGUCUGGAGGGGAACGGAAGAGAACCAACAUCGGGAUGGAGCUCAUCACAGAGCCACCGGUCCUUUUUCUGGAUGAGCCAACAACUGGCCUUGAUGCCAGCACAGCCAACGCCGUCCUCAUCCUCUUGAAGAACCUCUCAAGAAGAGGGCGAACCAUCAUAUUUUCCAUCCAUCAGCCCCGCUAUUCCAUAUUCAAGCUAUUUGACAGUCUGACAUUACUAGCUUUGGGAAAGGUGCUGUACCAUGGUCCUGCAAAGCAGGCCCUGGAGUAUUUCAGUUCUAUUGGGUAUGAAUGUGAACCCUUCAACAAUCCAGCUGACUUCUUCCUUGAUAUCAUAAAUGGUGAUUCAAGUGCUGUAGCAGCAAGCAAGGAAGAGGACACAGGGAAAGAGGUUAGCAGUGAAAAUGGAGUGGCAGAAGGUAAUGUGGACAGCAGUGUAGUAGAUGUGCUGCACCAGAAGUAUCUCAAAUCCAGCCUGUAUCAGAGCACAAAAGAAGCCCUGGGGAACGUGGAGCUUGGACGGGGAAGAAAGCACAAAGCAUCCAAGCAGGGGCAUGAGAUUACCUAUGCAAAUGGAUUCCUCACCCAGCUGUACUGGGUGUCCAAGCGUUCCCUGAAGAACCUCAUCAGGAACCCACAGGCCUCUGUUGCACAAAUUGCAGUGACCAUAAUUCUAGCCUUGGUUGUGGGUGCUAUCUUUUUUGGUGUAAAACUGGAUCGAAGUGGCAUUCAGAAUCGGGCUGGGUCCUUGUUUUUUGUCACCACGAACCAGUGUUUUUCCAGUGUCUCUGCGAUAGAGCUGUUCAUCAGAGACAAGAAACUAUUUGUCCAUCAGUACACCAGUGGAUAUUACCGUGUGUCUGCCUACUUCCUGGCCUUGAUGAUAGGAGAUCUGCUGCCCAUGAGAACUGCUCCAGCCAUCAUAUUCUCAUGCAUCACUUACUGGAUGAUUGGAUACCAAGCUGUUGCAGGCCGGUUCUUCUUCUUCAUGCUGAGCCUGAUGAUGGUGUCCUACACUGCCACGGCCAUGUCUCUGGCUAUCAGUGCUGGGAUGGAUGUGGUGGCUGUGGCCAACCUGCUCAUCACUAUUUGUUUUGUUCUCAUGCUUAUCUUCUCAGGCCUCCUAGUAAACCUCCCUUCUGUAAUGGGCUGGCUGAACUGGCUCAAGUACUUCAGCAUUCCCCGAUACGGACUCACUGCUCUUCAAGUGAAUGAGUUCAGAAACCUCUACUUCUGUGGGGAGAAGAAUCCGAAUGUUACAGUGCCUGCAAACAGUUGUCCCCCUGAUAUCUCAGGAGAAAUGUGUUCUGGUGAAGCGUACCUGUGCAGCCAAGGAAUUGUACCUACCAACUGGGCAAUGUGGGAAAACCUAGUGGCUCUCUUCUGUAUGACUGUUAUUUUCCUUAUCAUUGCCUAUGCAAAACUCCGUUUUAUGAGAAAGUUCACAUAGACUUGCUUGCAGCUUCUCUUGUCUUAAAAGUGCAAAGCUUGUUAGAACCUACUGGAAGUUGCCAAAAGAUUUCAGCUGACUUUACUGAACUUCAGACAGGAACCCUGUCUCCUUGUUUCUGGAGCAUGAUCUCCAUGCAAUUAUGUGAUUUUGGUUUUUAAAAAGAAAUGCAUUGAUGUACAUCAUAUAAAUUACUUUUUUUUAAAGAAUACAAUUCUUAUAAUUCCUUAUGUACAUAUCAAACUA